AUGGCAUUGCGCCAUCAGAAAUGUGGGCUACUAGUGAAACACGUGUUGGACAGUAAUCAUAAGGGCGUCACUUACUGGUAUAACCGGUCGAACAAGCUGUACACCAAGAAGCGGCUCAAUCAGGAGUUCCUUUGCUUUGAAUAUUGUGCGGAAGAACUACCUAAAGAAAUACGCGAACUAGUGGGGCAUUGUACAGUGAACAUCCGAAUAACGCCUUGUGAAGAAUGCAGAAUCGAUAUUGGCGACCUUAUUACAAAAACCAGUCAAGAGUUCUUGAAAGAGGAUCACUCGCUGAGAGAGUUCUUCGAGAUUUUGUCCAAUCACGAUGCACUGCAGAGCAAAAACUAUUAUGCGUUUGGGAGUGGCAGAUUGUUUCCGGUAAAACCACCCGAAGAUACUCCGCCGCCGGUCCCUAAGGAACUUGAGAAGUGGAAGAUCGGUUGUGUUGACAAGGGUGCUCGCGUCAUCGGUGGAAAUGCCGGUGUUUCCGCUCCGGCGUUUGUCAUUGAUGAGAAGGCAGGUAUUUUCUACAGGGACGUUAAACUGGUCGAUCUGUAUAAAAGAUUUAAGGAAAAUAGCAACCUGAUGAGCGCUUCUAUCAAAGGUAUGACUCUGCAGUUUUGUGGCUGCUGA